AAUGACCGCCCGGUUGGGUUUUACUUUUAUUUUGAAGAGUAAAAUUGCAACCGGAAAAAGUCUCGUGGUUGUAAAAACACACAAAAAUUUUGAGUUGCUAGCUGGAUGGGAGCGAAGUAAGUCUGUUCGAGACAAACAUGAACAAGCUGAAGUCCUUUCAGAAGGACAAAGUUCGUCAGUUUAUAGUUUUCACACAAUCUAAUGAGAAGACCGCUGUAACCUGCUUGUCUCAGAAUGACUGGAAGCUAGAUGUUGCCACUGACAAGUUUUUCCAGGAUCCAGAGCUCUACGUUUCAAAUAUUAAGGGGGCCUUAGACAAGAAAAAGCUUGAGCAGCUGUACAACAGAUACAGAGAACUUCAUGAUCACAACAAAAUAGGCGUUGAUGGGAUCCAGCAGUUUUGCGAUGACCUGGGUCUGAAUCCUGCCAGUAUGAGUGUCCUCCUUAUAGCGUGGAAGUUCAAGGCAGCAACACAGUGCGAAUUUUCCAAACAGGAGUUCAUAGAAGGCAUGACAGAACUGGGGUGUGACAGCAUCGAGAAGCUUAAAGCUCAGCUGCCAAAAAUGGAGCAGGAGUUAAAGGACCAAGGAAAAUUUAAAGGCUUUUACCAGUUUACAUUUGAUUUCGCAAAGAAUCCCGGCCAGAAGGGUUUGGAUCUAGAUAUGGCAAUAGCAUACUGGAAUUUAGUCCUGGCUGGGAGAUUCAAGUUCUUGGGUUUGUGGAACCAGUUUUUAUGUGAGCACCACAAAAAAUCAAUUCCCAAGGACACUUGGAAUCUGUUGCUAGACUUCAGCACAAUGAUCACUGAUGACAUGUCCAAUUAUGAUGAAGAAGGAGCCUGGCCCGUCCUUAUUGAUGACUUUGUAAAAUUUGCACUGCUGCACAUUGCGACCAAAAGCACUGCAGUUUAAGGGUUUCGGAUGGGAAAGUUCUACGAACCAGAACAUUGACUGGAUGGCUUGUGGAGGGCACCAUGCAGUGAUUAUGAUGCCUCAGGACUAAAAUGUUUUACACAACAGAGAUUUCAUGUAAAUGUGUUUGUAUCCACUGGUGAAACAGGCAUAUCUCUGUUGGUUCUGGUUGACUAGUUCGAAGACUUUAAGUACUGAUGAUAUGGGCUCAAGCCAACUGGACAAGAUUCACAGUCUUGACCCGUUUUUCCUGGUUGUGGUCUUCAAAGGCAUGUGGAUGUAAGUUCAUAGCUUUUUAAAGGGAUAUUGUACUUUAAUACUAAUGUGCAUUUCUUAGUUUGUUUUUCUGUUCUGAUGCAUCUCUGAGUCAAGCCAGUUUGAAGUGCUGGAUUUUUUUUUUUUAGGCACAGUACUGUUUAAACACAAUUAAGAGGAAAAUAAAAGUUUCCAUUUGCUGCCUCUUC